AAUCAAAGAAAAUAUUAAGAAAUUUUUUUUAUCCCUAAUCUCUCCCAAAUCCUCUAAAAUCUCUUCCUCUCUUUCCCUACAGGUCGUCAGCCAUCUAUCCCAAUUCUCCCUAGUUCUGUUCUUCAAUCCCCAAUUCUCCUAUCUAAAUCCGUAAUUUCUAUCCUCGGUUCCUAAAUCUCUAUUGUUACAAGUAAUCGCGGGUGCCGAAGAUCAGUACCUAGAAAGUGAGUUUCUAACAGUGGUAUCAGAGCCCGACUGCAGGCACCGAUGUCAAAACCAUGUCGAUUUCUCAUCAAUUCUCGUCCAUUCGCAGUGAGAUGCAACAGGCGUUCGACGUCUUCAUUGCCCAACAAAAGGAGAACCAAGAGCAGUUGCAUGUGAAGUUUCAAGCUAUCGAGGAUCAACUGCAAACCAAUGACGACAACUUGAGAGCAUGCCUUAAGAAACUCCAAACCGAGCUCUAACAAGGUGGGACAACCCCACCAAUGGUUGUCGCCGUGAAGACCAAAGAAAGGAUCAGGGACACUGAUGCGAUUGAUGAUGUUGUGAGCCAAGAAGAAGGGGAUUUUGUCGCCCCUUCCGUUGUUCCAAGCAAAGAGAUGGCUUCCAUCUGCAGAGUAUACUUCAAGGCUGGAGUUUCAGGGAGGAUGUCAACACCAAAUCGAGUGGAGAAUAGGCGAUAAUAGAAAAUGCCUAGCUCCAUUGAAGAGGAGAUGGUGUCUAAUGCGUCAGCCACCACGAAUGGAGAGCUAACCUCGCCAGCCGCCGUGAUCGACGAGAUCCAUACUGCCAGAAUUCUCGAGUUCAAGUGUACGUUGGCAAAGUUGCGUAGCUAAGCUGACAAACGAGAAGAAAUGUAGACAAAGAUUUCAUCGUCGAGGAACUACGCUUGAUGAGUUUCACGGGCUCUAAGCAUGGCCUGCACGCGGUUCGGAAGAUUGGCCACAAUGUGAGUAGUACCACCCACCCUACCGUACCACCUAUAGGCGGCCUUCCGUCCUACAACCGCUCAACAAGGAAGUGCAGUGAUCUUGAAUAGGAAUCCUACAAUGAUUAAUAGGAUCCACAUAAAAAUACCACUAGAUUGAGCACCGAUGAUUUCGUAUCCAGUCAAAAAUUUGGCUAAUUGAUCAAAGUGGGUAGCUCCAGUAGACCCAUAGAUCAUGGAACAAAUAGGGUGGGUAAGGCAAUGCCAAAGAUGAGGCGGGAAUCGAGCGUGUCAGCUCGCCAUCAGGUGGGCAUUUCAUUGGCGGAGCUCGGUGUGCCAACAAACAAUAUGAAGAGGAAAUCGGAGGAGGAGCAGGCGACGAAGGUGGAAGAACCAAUGGCGGAGCGGAUUCAGCGGGGUUUGUCGCCAACAAAUUCCUUGGGGUUCAUCGCACACAUGGCGCUGGGACCUACGACAAAACCCGAGCCGGAUAGGGAAUUAGAGGCUUUGAGCAUAUCUUUGAAGACCUUAAGCCGGAGCAAAAGGAAGUGCAAUUCUCUUACUCUUAUUUCGUGAAUUUCGAAAAAGAAGAGGACGAACUGUUCGGCUAUGGUGAACGUGACAUGUGUCACGUGAUUCGAGAAGAGUUAAAGAAAGUUGGAGUUGUCAAAGAAAGAGUCCUUCGUGAGAAGUAGCACAACUGAAAACGAAGAAAACAGAGUGUAAAGAAAGAGAAAGGUGACCCCAACCUUGAGGGCAAUGUGGCUUUCAAGAGGGGUGGUUUGUUAGAAAACCGUCCAUUAUGAGUUUCUCUAAUUAUUUUUAGUAGGAUAAUUAUUAUUAUGGUCAGUAUAGAUUUAGUCAAAUUAGGGUUAUUAUAAUGGUCUUCCAGUAUUUUCCUAUAAAUAUGUAAUUUGGGU